AGGAACCAUUUAUGUUUUGUUUGUAAUUAACUGAAGUAACGGUUAUUUGGGGGAAGCCAUAGAAUAGUGCCAGUUUUCAUGAACUGCAGCAAGGGGACUGGCCGACUGGAAGGAUGCUGCCACGACUUGGGCUCAGGGGGUGGGGUUGUGGGAAGGAACUAAAAGUUUGUAGAGCCCCUCAAGUCAUCUGUUUCCUCUGACUUAGACCAUCCUACUGCUCAGUGAAAGCUUGCGCAUAUUAUUUUUUCCUUUCGAAAGCUAGGUUCCUCCCCUAGCUUGGGUCGUAGUUUAUCACGAGGCUGGGCUCCAUUCCCCUGGUAUCAGUUCUCUGUCCCCGCGGAGCGCUUGACCCAGCAUCCUGGCACCGAGGAUCCCUCCAGUCCUGGAGCAGUUAAAGGCUUUUGCAGUCCCAUCAUUUCUAGGAGGGGCGCAUGCCCAGUUACACUGUAGUAGUCCCACUUUUAUCCCACGCUAGAUCCCGCUCUUUCCGCUCCCCCUUCCUUUGCAGAUGGGGUGGAGCUAUUACACCCGCGCGCGGCAGCUCUUGUGGGGCGGGGCAGGCACCGCCUACUUCGCUUCGCCUAGGGACUGCCGCCUCGGCAAAGUCUGAGGUCCUGGAAACCGCCGCUGAGCUGAGAGUUAAUAAGGGCGGAGGCAGAGCGUCACGUGACGACGUCGAUUCGCGUGCGGCAGUGGCGAAGUUGACAAGAAAACCCCGCGAAAAUCGACUCUUUGCAUCGCACAUUUUGUUGAUUUUCCCCCGUUUUUCUUUCUCUCUUUCCCCCGUCCAUCCGAAAAAGGAUUGGAAUAAAAAAAAAAAAAAAAAAAAAAAAAAAAACCCUAACGCUGUCGGGACCCGGAAGCGGAAAGGGCAUCUUUGAGGUCGAUACUUCCGGGUCAUUGGGGGAGUGCGGGAUUCCUGGGCCGAGAGCGGGUGGCGGAGCCGGGACCUCGCGUGAUUCUCGGAACCCGAGGAGAAGCGGCGUCCGGGGCUAUGGCUGUGACUCUGGACAAAGACGCUUAUUAUCGGCGAGUGAAGAGACUGUACAGCAAUUGGCGGAAAGGAGAAGAUGAGUAUGCCAACGUUGAUGCCAUUGUUGUAUCAGUGGGUGUUGAUGAAGAAAUUGUUUAUGCCAAAUCAACUGCCUUACAGACAUGGCUCUUUGGUUACGAACUAACUGAUACUAUCAUGGUCUUUUGUGAUGACAAAAUCAUCUUUAUGGCCAGCAAGAAAAAAGUGGAGUUCUUGAAACAGAUUGCCAACACUAAGGGCAAUGAGAAUGCUAAUGGAGCCCCUGCCAUCACACUGCUAAUACGAGAAAAGAAUGAAAGUAAUAAAAGUAGCUUUGACAAAAUGAUUGAAGCCAUUAAAGAAAGCAAGAAUGGCAAGAAGAUUGGAGUGUUCAGCAAAGACAAAUUCCCUGGAGAGUUCAUGAAGAGCUGGAAUGACUGCCUCAACAAAGAAGGCUUUGACAAAAUAGAUAUCAGUGCAGUUGUGGCAUAUACCAUCGCUGUAAAGGAGGAUGGGGAGCUCAACCUAAUGAAGAAAGCAGCCAGCAUCACUUCUGAAGUCUUCAACAAAUUCUUCAAGGAAAGAGUCAUGGAAAUAGUUGAUGCAGAUGAGAAAGUUCGACACAGCAAACUGGCUGAGUCUGUGGAAAAGGCCAUUGAAGAGAAAAAAUACCUUGCUGGGGCAGACCCUUCUACUGUGGAAAUGUGUUACCCUCCUAUCAUUCAGAGUGGUGGCAACUAUAAUCUCAAGUUCAGUGUGGUGAGUGACAAGAAUCAUAUGCAUUUUGGGGCUAUCACUUGUGCCAUGGGUAUUCGCUUCAAGUCUUACUGCUCCAACCUUGUUCGCACUUUAAUGGUUGAUCCUUCUCAGGAAGUUCAAGAAAAUUAUAACUUUUUACUCCAGCUUCAAGAGGAGCUGCUGAAGGAAUUAAGACAUGGUGUGAAGAUAUGUGACGUAUAUAACGCUGUCAUGGACGUGGUUAAAAAGCAGAAGCCAGAACUGCUGAACAAAAUUACCAAAAACCUAGGAUUUGGGAUGGGAAUUGAAUUCCGUGAAGGCUCCCUAGUAAUCAACAGCAAAAAUCAAUACAAACUGAAGAAAGGAAUGGUUUUCAGCAUCAAUUUAGGAUUCUCAGACCUGACUAACAAGGAGGGGAAGAAGCCAGAAGAGAAAACCUAUGCCCUGUUCAUUGGUGACACAGUGCUUGUGGAUGAGGAUGGCCCAGCUACUGUUCUCACUUCUGUGAAGAAGAAAGUGAAGAAUGUGGGGAUUUUCCUAAAGAACGAAGAUGAGGAAGAAGAGGAGGAGGAGAAAGAUGAGGCAGAGGACCUUCUGGGAAGAGGUUCUCGGGCAGCAUUACUUACAGAAAGAACAAGAAAUGAAAUGACUGCAGAAGAGAAGCGAAGAGCACAUCAAAAAGAACUAGCGGCUCAACUCAAUGAAGAAGCAAAGAGGCGAUUGACUGAACAAAAGGGAGAACAGCAGAUUCAGAAAGCUCGCAAAUCUAAUGUGUCCUAUAAAAACCCAUCUCUGAUGCCUAAGGAACCACAUAUUCGGGAAAUGAAGAUCUACAUCGAUAAGAAAUAUGAGACUGUGAUAAUGCCUGUGUUUGGCAUUGCAACACCGUUUCACAUUGCCACAAUCAAGAAUAUAAGUAUGUCCGUGGAAGGAGACUAUACUUACUUGCGAAUCAACUUUUAUUGCCCAGGCAGUGCUCUGGGCAGGAAUGAAGGCAACAUCUUUCCUAACCCUGAAGCGACUUUUGUCAAGGAAAUUACAUACCGAGCGUCAAAUAUUAAGGCACCCGGAGAACAGACAGUACCAGCCUUGAACCUUCAGAAUGCUUUCCGAAUUAUUAAAGAAGUACAGAAACGUUAUAAAACUCGAGAAGCUGAAGAGAAAGAGAAGGAGGGCAUUGUAAAACAAGACUCACUGGUGAUCAAUCUAAACCGGAGUAAUCCCAAACUGAAAGAUCUAUACAUUCGCCCAAAUAUUGCCCAAAAGAGGAUGCAAGGCUCACUGGAGGCCCAUGUCAAUGGCUUCCGCUUCACAUCUGUUCGAGGAGACAAAGUGGAUAUUUUGUACAAUAAUAUUAAGCAUGCUUUGUUCCAGCCCUGUGAUGGAGAAAUGAUUAUUGUCUUGCACUUUCACCUCAAGAAUGCCAUCAUGUUUGGGAAGAAGCGGCACACGGAUGUGCAGUUCUACACAGAAGUGGGAGAGAUAACCACGGACUUGGGGAAACAUCAGCAUAUGCAUGACCGAGAUGACCUCUAUGCUGAGCAGAUGGAACGAGAAAUGAGGCACAAACUGAAAACAGCCUUUAAAAAUUUCAUUGAGAAAGUAGAGGCUCUAACUAAGGAGGAACUGGAAUUUGAAGUGCCUUUUAGGGACUUGGGAUUUAACGGAGCUCCCUAUAGGAGUACCUGCCUCCUUCAGCCCACUAGUAGUGCGCUGGUAAAUGCUACGGAAUGGCCACCUUUUGUGGUGACAUUGGAUGAGGUAGAGCUGAUCCACUUUGAGCGGGUGCAGUUUCACCUGAAGAACUUUGAUAUGGUAAUCGUCUACAAGGACUACAGCAAGAAAGUGACCAUGAUCAACGCCAUUCCUGUAGCCUCUCUUGACCCCAUCAAGGAAUGGUUGAAUUCCUGCGACCUGAAGUACACAGAAGGAGUACAGUCCCUCAACUGGACUAAAAUCAUGAAGACCAUUGUUGAUGACCCUGAGGGCUUCUUCGAACAAGGUGGCUGGUCUUUCCUGGAGCCUGAGGGUGAGGGGAGUGAUGCUGAAGAAGGGGAUUCAGAGUCUGAAAUUGAAGAUGAGACUUUUAAUCCUUCAGAAGAUGACUAUGAAGAGGAAGAGGAGGACAGUGAUGAAGAUUAUUCAUCAGAAGCAGAAGAGUCAGACUAUUCUAAGGAGUCAUUGGGUAGUGAAGAAGAGAGUGGAAAGGAUUGGGAUGAACUGGAGGAAGAAGCCCGAAAAGCGGACCGAGAAAGUCGUUACGAGGAAGAAGAAGAACAAAGUCGAAGUAUGAGCCGGAAGAGGAAGGCAUCUGUGCACAGUUCGGGCCGUGGCUCUAACCGUGGUUCCAGACACAGCUCUGCACCCCCCAAGAAAAAGAGGAAGUAACUUCUGAACUUUGGCCCUGAGCUCCAUUCUUCCUCCAGCCAACCCCUGAAAAUUUUACAUGACAUAGAAACUGUAUUUUUCCUUUUGUUUUCAUUUGACGUUUUGCCAUUUGUGUUUAUGGGUUUAGGGGGCCAUUUGUGUGGACCAAUCUACUCGGGGAAUUCCAGGCCCACCAGGACACGUGCCAAUGGCCCCAUUCAGAUGGCAAGGGAGGAGGUGUUCUUGAAGACAGGAGGAGGCUCCCGCUGUUAAUAAAUAUUGUUUCAUUCUUCUCUCUUCCUGUCACCUUCUGCCAGGACAUCGAUGGCUUCUGACAUCUUAUUAUUUGGUGUCUCAAAGCUGUAUUUCCAAGACAGUGGUGACCCUGUAAUUAAGGUGACCCUUAAUUACCCAUAUCAUGACCAGCACAUUCAAUCCUCCAACCUACCCUACUGCCAUGACCUUCCUCACAUCUCUUAAGUUUUAUCUUUGCAAUACUCAAGGUUCUUGGAAAUUUGCUGAUGGUUGUGAUAAACCAUACAACUUGAGCUAGUGAGGCAGAUUGGGCUGGUGCCUUCGUCUGAGUUUUCCUGCUUUCCUGCCUCAUGCAGAUUCUGAGGUAUAUCUGCUGCCUUGGAAGACAUAAGAAGCAGUGAUACUCCCUGGCUCGGUUAUUUUCUCCAUACAAUGCACACAUGGUACAAUGAUAGAAGGCAAAAUUGCCACUGUCUUCUUUUUUUCUCAUAUAUCUAAGGAAGAUAUAUCAGGUUGUGCCUCAUGUACCGCUUCUAGUGAAAUGUAGAGGAAGGCUCAAAGGAGUCAACAUUUAGAUCUGGAAGGGACAAGUCAUGCCUUGGGCCUAGAAUACCCUGACGAGAAAAGAGAAGAGGAAGGGAGGCCAUAUCUACAACACAGCCUCUCAGCACUGCUGCUCCUUAUUUUAACUUUGUCUUGCAUUGUCCUGUAUUUAUCACAGUUUCUGUUGAACAGCUUUUCAAGUAUUUGGGGAGUUUAUCUUGCCAUCCUCCCCUUCUGGUUCUCUGCACCCACCUGUCCCACUGCAGUUCCUUCCGUGCUCUGUGACUUUAAGAGAAGAAGGGGGGAGGGGUCCCGGAUUUUAUGUUUGUUUGUUUUUUCUCCUUAGCAGUAGGACUUGAUAUUUUCAAUUUUGGAAGAACUAAAAGAUGAAUAAACUGGGUUUUUUUUUU